GGCUCCUAACUGCUCACCGUUCACUAAAGCUGAAAACUCAAAGCAAAAUAAACCAUGAGGCUGUUCCUGAGUGUCCUGCUGGUCACUCUGGCUCUUUGCUGCUAUGAGGCCAAUGCAAUCGUCUGUCCAGACAUUGCCAAAGAUUUCGAAGGCUUCCUCUGGGAGGACAAAACUGCCUUCGAGCUGUCACUUCAAAAAUACAGAGCACCUCCAGAAAACGUUCAGGCCGUUUUGGAUGUGAAGACUUGCAUCGAUAACAUCUCAGCUGAAGGAAGGAGUCAACUUGUAGCAAUACUGGGUCACGGUGGCCACAGGGUGGAGGACGAGACACGAGGGGAGCUACGCUAA